AUUGUAUUUUAUUGUUUCUAUUUAAUAAUAGGGCCCAGGCAUAUUAAUGUACAUUUUCACAUAAAUAUGUACAAUUACAGCCAGUGGCUAAUUUCCAUCUUUGGUCCCUAGACAGGUAGAUGAACAGUCAAAUUCAUGGACAACAUAUAAUAACAUAAUAUAGAGACAGUAAUGUGGACGAGCAUAUAUUAACAUUAAAAAGGCAUUGAGUUAAUAAUGUCUAUAUAUCUCCAAUAAUAACACACCACCACAAUUCCAAGAACAGAACACAUAAUGGGAAGCAAAGUUGUGGGUACAUUGUUGCUGUGUUUUUAACCAUUAAUAUUAUAUUUCCAGUUUUGUUUGUGCUGCUGUGUUAUAUGGUGUUAAAUAAAUUGAAUAUUUAUGCAAUUAUUUUAUUUUAUUAGUAUUGUCAAUUUUGCCCAAGAAUCCAUACCUACAUCAGCCACUUGGUGGCGGUAUUGCACCGUCAACAAAACUUUAAAACAAAAGAGCUAGAAGAAGAAACGCGCCUCGACAGACGAUCUUUGUCCACGAUGUACCACUCGGUCUCUCUUCAGCUCGUCCCUGGAAUGUAAGAAACUCCCAACGACUAACCGCACAUCAGAUCAAAGGAACAUCAUGCGGGGAACACAACAGCACAUGAAAUUGUUUCAGGACUAAACAUGAACAUCUUGAGGCUCCGCUGAAGUGACCUUUAUCUUGUAACCCUUCAUCAGGACCAGCCGAUGAUGAUGAUGUCCUGCUGACCUUCCUCUGCGCUGCUGUCACGGCCUCGGUGGCUGCAGUUAUGAGUGCUGCUGGUCAGGAUUUAUCAAGAACGAGUCUGAGCUAAUGUCUCUAAAGAGUCUGGACUGUUAACCUGUAUCUUGAGAGCCGCCUCUCCGUUAGCGCUGCUAUGCCCACCAACCAGUCCUCCUGGGGUGGAGGGCGGCUCCUGGCUUGUACCAGUUCAGAAAGCCCUGCCUCCACCUACACACCAGAGGAGACGGGUGCAGCCUCUGAAGUGCCUUUUAAUCCGUCUUCCCUCGAGCCGCCCAGGUGUGCAAAUCAAACCAACCUUCGGUCUACUGCUGCAGGCUCUGGGUGGGAGAUCUGGGACGUAAACCACCCCUUGAGCCAGAACACAGUGCCACCUGAGUUUCUAACCCUGCCCCACCAGGCGCUACCUCUGUCAGGACCGAAGCGGGCUGGUAGACGGAUGGCGGCGCCGAUCCAAACAUCUCAGCCUGGGAACGGUUCCUCGGUGAGGAGUCAUCUGGCUGCGUCAUGCAACACGCUGCUGGGGUCAUCAGGUCGUCAUCAGGAGAUGCUCGUCAUGGUGCAGCACGGCAGCCAGCUGACGCCUGAAGCUGCAGACUCCUCCUCUUCUCCGCCCGUGCCUCGUCUGUGCCUUAGCAAACAUCCGUGGGCGGCGUUGGCGAAGACCACCUCCGGCCCCCACAGCGCCAAACCAGAGAAAAGAAGCACACGGAGACGAGCCAACGGCACGCGGAAGGGCCACUCGGCCAAAACGCCGCCCAAACGUAGCCAGAUCCACAGCCACACCGUCACCACGGUAACCAGUCUGAACAACGGGCUGCUGGUGAGAGGCGGUCCUCCCGCCGUCCUGGGAGCAGGGCCGGAUGGAAGCAGGCGGGCCCCGGAGGGCCGGCGUUCUCUGAGAGGGCCGGCGUGCAGAGGAGUCGUCCCGGGUGCAGGGAUGGACGCCGCGCAGCCGGACGGCCUCGCAGACGUGGCCUGGUAUCCUGCAGGAGCUUUGGUGGGCUCUGUGACCACUCAGAUCUCAGCCAUCCACCUCACCAGGCAGGGGCAGGCUUCUUCCAUGUCCUCCCCAUCCCUCUCCUCCUCCUCCUCCUCAUCCUCACCCAUACCAGCAGAAGUAGUUGGAGAGGCUCAGCUGUCUGGCCUGGUGUGUGUGAUGCAGGUGGACGGAGUUGAGGAGGAGCUUCCUGAUGAGCUGGAGAACGUCUGCAGUGACGACGGUGAUUCUGACUCCUCCAUCAUUGCCACCUCGUCCACAGCAUCCAUCCCUCUGCUCUCCAGUGUCGAGGAACCGAUGAUUCUGGAGGCGGAGGAUGAUCGAGAAGAGAAACCAGCACUGGUUCCCAGUUUGUUCCCACUCAUCCCACCAACCCUCUACUUCAGCACCGCCAACGAGAAAGUGGAGAUGCUGCCUGUAGAGCAAAGACGACUCCUGAAGUGGAAGAUGAGCACCGUCACCCCCAACGUGGUGAAGAACACCAUCGACAGGUCGCACUUCAAAGUCACCAAGAAAAGCCAUGACUGGUUGGGCUGCUGGGGACACCACAUGAAGUCUCCUGGAUUCAAGGCGAUCGGCGAGCACCAGAAGCUGAACCACUUCCCAGGAACGUUUCAGAUUGGCCGGAAGGACCGGCUGUGGAGGAAUCUGUCCAAGAUGCGCUUUCGCUUCGGCAAACAGGAGUUCAGCUUUUUCCCACGGACCUUCAUCCUUCCUCAGGACAUCAGGCAGCUCCGAAAGGCCUGGGAGGACAGCAGCUCCAAGCAAAAGUGGAUCAUCAAACCCCCUGCUUCAGCCAGAGGAGUGGGCAUCCAGGUCAUCCACAAAUGGAGUCAGAUGCCUCGGAAGAGGCCUCUGCUGGUCCAGAAGUACCUUCACAAGCCCUACCUCAUCAGCGGGAACAAGUUCGAUCUGCGGAUCUAUGUCUACGUGACGUCAUACGACCCGCUCCGCAUUUACAUCUUCUCAGAUGGCCUGGUCCGAUUCGCCAGCUGCAAGUAUUCGUCUUCCAUGAAGACUCUGGGUAACAAGUUCAUGCACCUGACCAACUACAGCGUGAACAAGAAGAACUCCGAGUAUCAGACCAACAGCGACGACAAAGCCUGCCAGGGACACAAAUGGGCUUUGAAGGCCUUGUGGCAGUUUCUGGGCUCCAGGGGCAUCAACACCACCGUGCUGUGGGAGAAGAUUAAAGACAUCGUGAUCAAAACCAUCAUCGCCUCGGAGCUGUACGUCAACAGCCUGCUGAAGAUGAACGUUAAAACGCCGUACAGCUGCCACGAGCUGUUCGGCUUCGACAUCAUGCUGGACGAGAACCUGAAGCCGUGGAUCCUCGAGGUUAACAUAUCACCCAGCCUUCACUCCAACUCUGCGCUGGACGUGUCCAUCAAAGGACAGAUGAUCAGAGACCUUCUCAACCUGGCCGGCUUCCGUAUUCCUCUCCGAGAAGAGGUGGUGUCCCCCUGCAGCAGCGCCUCCAGCUCCACCAGCAGUUUGUGUGGAGGGAGCAGGGAGAGGACCAGACCGGACCUGUCCACUGAUGAGAAAGUCAAGCGAGCUUUUUACCUCACGCAGCGUUUCGCCCACCAGGACUUGCUGUCCUCGGUGUUGGACGUUCUGACUCCGGAGGACGUUCGUGUGCUGGCGGAAAGUGAAGACGAACUGAGUCGCAGAGGAGAGUUCGAGCGCAUUUUCCCUUCGCCAUCGUCUUCACGCUACCUUCGCUUCUUCGAGUGUCCCAGAUACCUGAACAUCCUGCUGGACCAGUGGGAGCAGAAGUUCUGGAACAACAGGACCAAAGGUAUCGAUUUGCUGAGGACGUUCUGUCAGAAAGGAGUCCACCUGGGGACCAACGACCUGGCUCACAUGUGGUCCAAAUGCAGCUACACCUCCAGGUUUGAAGCCCAGAGACCAGAUGGAAUGAGCACAUCCAGAUCCAGGGUGGUGGUCAGCCAUCGGCGCCGCCGCCUUCACAGCUCUGAUGAUGACGACUGUUCGGACACAGAGGAGCCAUCUUUCUCCAGCCUCCCUAUUUCCCCGAGUCCUGGAUCGAGCAUGACCAGCAGUGCCUGCGCGAGUCCUCAGCCCAGCCUGACCCAGAGUUUGCUGCCCUAGCAGUUUCCCUCACUCUGAAACACUCUGGUACCAAAACAGACACAAACAUCCAUGUCUGAACGCUCUAAAGCAUCCCGGACCAGAACCUCCACACAAACCCUGCAGAGGAGAGGGGUUUGAAAUCUGUGCCGUUUUCCACGUAGCCUCAAAGACAACACAUUGAGUUUUCCUGUGGGAACUGGGAAUGAACCCAGUCCUGUUGGACCAAGUCAGGGAGGGGAGCUGGGAUGUAGCCUGAGACGGGUGAAUGUUCCUGUUGGUUUCCAUUCAUUGAAAAGUGGCUGGAGAUUCCUGAUCCUCAAAGUUUACGUGAUUCCAGUGAUGCGGUGCGGUGAUGAGUGUGGCAGUUUGAUUUAACUUGGUAUUUUUAGUGUUUGUUGCAUCUCAUUAACACAAUCAGCACUUGCUGCUGCUUGAACUGACGAGAACAACCGGAACAUAGAUGGCUUCAGUUUAAUCGGGUUGUUUCAUCUGAGGAUCCGAUCACUGAUUAGAGUGGAUCAGUUCCCGACCUCCUGUGUUGUCCUCGCUGGGAAAGGUGGACAGAUGACGACACAACACUGUGAUUUAUCUUUAACUGCUGCUGCUUCGGUUGGAACCAGACUGUUGUCACACUCUUACGAGCCUUCCAGACUGUGUGUUAAACCCGAAGCCGGGAGGGUUCACGGUUGAGGAAGCGGUGACUUACCGAGCCGUCGCCUGUCAGGGCUUCUCUUCAUUUUCAUUUGCUGAUUAUUUAUUCACCACGUUGACUUACAGCUUGUUGAAGUUAAAGUUCAAACAUUUACUGAGGGAAAAAAAUGUUUUAAUAAUAGAGUCCGUCUCACUUUUAAGAGUCGGAUUUCUUUAAAACUGCCAAAAGGAUUGAGUGAUGCCAACUUUCCACUUUUUUGUUAGAGUAAAAACCUGAAGUACAACUGAUCACGAACAUUUAAAAAUGUUCUCUGGAGAACUCCUCAUUUCCCGGAGUCUUCACCACCGAGGUGCAGAUCAGAGUUGGUGUGAAACACACUGAACGGAAGCUGAGACCAGUUUCCUGUGGUCAUCAGAAACUGGACUUGUGUUGAGACGUUAGCUUUCUUACUCAGGAAAACAAACGGACUGAACCUUUUUGAUUUGAUUACCGUUAAAAGCUGAAAAAACAACGUUGUCUCAUGAAACCAUCGUCCAGCUCUUCUUUACAUCAUCUCACUUUAAAAGUCGUUCUGGAAGCUUCUUUGUUUACAAAUGGAUGAUAAACUUCUGUGACGUUUGUGACUUAAUGUCACUUUUCACACCUCAGUAUAACUCGUUAACUAGACUUAAUAUGCAAAUUUUAACAAAAAAGUCCAAAUGUGACACUCGUGUAGUAACACGGAUCAGCCACUAGGGGGGGUUCACAUGAAAACAGAAGCUUGUGAGAAACGAUGUUUCACUGGAUGUUUUAGUCAGAAAACACAGGAAAUAAACAUCUUUGCUUCAUGCCUGCAAACAAAAAUGGCUGAUUUUACACGUUUCUACUCUUUCAUCCUUAAAGAAAUGCACAUGAAACAUUAUCCGGCUGUAUUUGUACACUGAAAGCUGAGUGAGAACAGACUUCAGGGAUCCGACACGGCUGCCGCCAUGUUUGAUUGCUGCUGCAGAGUUUCACGUCUGAAGUUGUUUUAAACUUAAGUGCACAUUGAAUAUUUUCACUUGAAGCUGUUAGAUCGAUGUGUUGAAGGGCUGCUGUAAACGCUCAGGAUGACAAUUUUAAAAUAAAAUUAUUUGUGCUACAA